UAAUUUGAGAAAAAAAGAGGCCUGUUUAAAUUGCUCGAGCCAAUUUCUUCCGGUUGUGUCAACAGGUAGAAAUCAAAACAAAACAAUGUACUUUCUUGAAACGUACCGUUUGCGACGCUCCACUUUCUCUCGCGCGUCUUCUUUUUUUUAAUGACACUCAUUAGAAUCAUUUAUAAUGGUCAACGACCGCGUACGACGGCGAACGGCACAAAUUACAUUUUACAUAAUGCCAUCCCUACUCGAGGCACUCGUCCUCGUGGAAAUAUACGUUCGUAUAAAAAGAAAGAGAGAGCCACCGGACGAACGAUUGACAGUUUGUUGUUCGAUGCGACUUCCGAAGAUGGCGAAGUUUGCGAUCGUCGCGAUCGUUCUCUUGGCGAGCGCCAGCUCGCAAUCCCAAAGGAUAAUUAGAGAAACGCAAGAGUCCACGCCAGUCCCAGACGCGAAUGUCGCGGCCAUCCGGGACAUCCUGCGGAAGAUCUCGAGCGGGGAAUCGAACGCGAAGGACGAUACGAAGCUCAUCGAGAUCAUUAAGGAGGAGAUCGUGAGGACCGCGGAGGAAAUAAAGACGCCCGCAGGAUCGAUCGAGGCGGCUGCGAAAAGAGCGCAACUGCUGGUGUCUGAAUUGACCUCGGCGUACACGAGCGCCAUUUAUAAAUCCAAGUCGCUCGUGGAAGGUCGAGAGAAUUUCGCGCGCUUUCAGACCACUGUUCAGGCAAUCGUGGAUUUCAUCAAAAACGGCCAAUUCUUGAAAGAACCGAUAUAAUAAGCUUUGGGCCUUUCGGCCGAGCUAAAUAUCUUCGAUUUCUUUCGCUGUUUAUUGCAAGCUAUUGCCUGUCUAUCAAUGUUACAGAUGU